AUGGUUGCAGAGCCUUGGUUACUGAGAAUGGGGAAUCAGGUAAGUAGCAAUCUGAAAAACUCCCUUCUUUUACACCCAACAAGCACAAGUAAUAGUAGUAGUAGAAAGAAGAAAAGUAGCAGUAGUAGUAGUUGCUCUAAUAUUGGUAUCUUGUCACUUGAGGUUGCUAAUGUUAUGUCAAAAUUGGUCCAUCUUCAUAACUCAGUCUCUGAUGAAGAGAUCUCGAAACUGAAGCAUGAAUUGAUUAAAUCAGAGGGUGUUAAGAAAUUGGUUUCUUGUGAUGAUUCUUACCUUUCAGAGCUUGCUUAUUCUGAGAGGGUAGAUGAUUUGAAUAGGGUUGCUGAGGUUGUCUCUAGGUUGGGGAAAAGAUGUACUGAGCCAGCCUUGCUUGGUUUUGAGCAUGUUUAUGGGGAUAUUAUUAGUGGUAGGAUUAAUGUCAAAGAUUUGGGGUUUUUGGUUAAGGAUAUGGAUAGUAUGAUUAGGAAGAUGGAGAGGUAUGUGGGUGCUACUGCUAAUUUGUAUGGUGAAUUGGAGGUUUUGAAUGAAUUGGAGCUUGCUACCAACAAGUUCCAUUUGAAUCAUAAUCUUGAUAGUCGUAGGGCUUUUGACCAGAAAUUGAAAUGGCAAAGGCAGGAUGUUAAGCAUUUGAAGGAUAUUUCUCUUUGGAAUCAGACUUAUGAUAAGGUAACUCCGGCACGGCAGUCCGGCAAGGUAUGUUCAUCAAUUGGAUGUAUUUUUUAG